CUUUAAUAUCUUUAUAUACAUUUUAUGAAUUCUACAAACAUAAGGUAGUCGUGAUCGUGGAAAUGUCGUGAUCAUGUAUUAUAUUAUGACGUCUUAUUGGCUGUAUAUUUGUUUGUGAAGUUUGGGUAAUGUGCUACGUGUGUAACUGCUUUGCUUGGACUUUGGAUUUAUUUCAAAGGGCGCUGACGUUCUGUCUUUCGUGUUGGCUGGCUUGCUCUGUAUGCUGCGGGCUGCUUAUUGCAAGCAUCGCUGGCAUCGCUUACGGCUACAACUAUUGCGUGGCAGAGUUCGUUACACUUAGAAGGGGGGAUGUAAAAGUUUAUAUGCGAAGAGGACAGUUCUAUGACAAACCAGAUAUCCAAGCCCCCAGAAGAAGAAUGGGUGAUGAUGAAGAUGUAUUUCAAUUUAACCUGACUGACGACUAUAAACAAGAAGUACAAUCAAACGAUGAUGCGGUACUGUCCAAUAAGUGGAUGCAAGACCAAGAUACAAGAAAGUAUGCUGAAAAACUAACAAAGUACUUAGAGGGUCCUAAAACACUUAACGAAGAGAAUCAAGAACCAGCUAGAAGGUCCAAGGAACCACACUACUUUGUAUCAAUACAUCCAAGUCAGCACCCGUUAGUAACAUAUCCAACAGUUUCCACAAAAAUAUGGCAAAGUGGCACUUCAGAGAUUAUAAUGAGAAUGUUUGACCCGGUGCUACGACCAGUAAUAACAGAUUCCGAUGAAAAAAUACGUUAUGAUACCAAAGUGCACAGAGCUCUCGGUAGUGAACUUGCGAAACCACAAAAAACUGAAGAGGAGGACGACGGUGCUAUAGGCGAGCCUCUGGGUAUUAGAUUGCGACCAGAAGAGAAUCUAAAAAGGUUAUAUAAUUAA